AUGUCGUGGUGUUCCCCGGAUAGCAUGCUCUUGGUCGGAGCAUCGGCCGUUGCUACUGCUGCUCUAGGCUGGGCAACGUGGACGUUGCUCGACGAGUUCACGUACGACAAACGCCAUUGGGGCACCAACUACAACGAACGCGCGGGCAUCAAGCCCUUGGACGCCACCGGCAGCCUCAGGACCUUGGACGCCGCCACGACUGAUCCCGUCAUUGGCCGCCAAGACGAGAUCGACCGCGUCGUCUGCAUCCUCUGCCGGCGCACCAAGAAUUGCGCCGCGCUCGUCGGCGCCGCGGGGGUCGGCAAGACGGCCAUUGUUGAGGGCCUCGCGCAGCGCAUCGCCGCCGGCAACGUCCCCGACACGCUUGUCGGUGCACGCAUCGUGGAGGUCGACAUGGGAGCGAUGGUGGCCGGGACGCACUGGCGCGGCAUGUUUGAGCAGCGCAUCAAAGACGCUAUCAAGGAGGCAGAGGAGUCGGAAGGCAAGGUCAUCUUGUUCAUCGACGAGAUGCACAUGAUUGUCGGUGCCGGCGAUGAUAAAGAAGGCCCUGUGGACGCCGCCAACAUCCUCAAGCCGGCGUUGGCACGCGGCCGCAUCCGUUGCAUCGGCGCCACGACCUCCGAAGAGUAUCAAAACUACAUCCACAAGGAUGCCGCGCUCGAGCGGCGGUUUCAAAAGGUUGUCGUGGAGGAGCCAAGCGUGCAUGCGACCAUUGCCAUCCUGCAGGGGCUGAAGCACAGGUACCAAGAGCACCAUGGUGUGAAAAUCCAGGACGAUGCUCUUGUAGCCGCUGCGCAUCUCGCUGCCCGCUACAUUACAGGCCGCAAAUUCCCUGAUAAAGCAAUUGAUCUUAUGGAUGAGGCAUGCGCUACAACAAAGAUGCACGCCGACAAACAAACGACAGUGGAAAUUGUUGUUGGCCCUGGACAUGUGGCACGGGUUGUGAGCCGAUGGACUAAAAUUCCUCUCGCUACACUUGAUCAAGAGGAGAAGCAAAAGUUGACCAACCUAGCGAAAAAACUGCAUGAGCGUGUUGUUGGCCAGGAUAAAGCCGUUAAUUUGGUUGCACAAGCAAUCCUACGUUCUAGGGUAGGCUUUGGUCCAAUUGGACAACCGAUAAGUUCAUUCCUCUUUUUGGGCCCGAUUGGUGUUGGAAAGACGGAACUUGCUAAAGCCCUCGCCGAGAAGAUAUUUGACAACGAGAAGGCGUUGAUUCACUUUGAUAUGUCGGAAUAUACUUUUAGUGGAUCUGUUUCGCGUCUCCUCGGAGGACCUCCAAGCUAUGAAGAACACAGACAACUCACCGAGAAAGUCAAGAGGCUCCCAUAUAGUGUUCUUCUUUUCGACCAAGUGGAUAAAGCAAAUGCAUCGGUAUUCAAGGUUUUUCACCAGUUGCUCGACGAUGGCAUGUUGACCGAUGACAAAGGGCAAGCUGUAGAUUUCAAGAACACAAUCAUCAUUAUGACCUCAAAUAUAGGAGCAGAGAACCUACCAUCGAGAAUCACCGACGAAAAUACAAUCAAAUCUGAAAGAGAUCUUGUCAUGAAACAGGUUAAGAAGUACGUCAAGCCUGAACUUAUCAAUAGACUAAGUGAGGUUGUGAUGUUCGAGCCACUUUCACACAGUGAUUUGAGGGAGAUUGUAAAAAUCCAAAUGAAUAAUAUCACUGCGACAGUAGCUAACAAGGGUAUCUCUCUACUUGCAACUGAUGCGGCCAUAGACGUGAUUUUGUCAGAAUCAUCACUUAACCCAGUACACGGCGCAAGGCCCAUAAGAAGGUGGGUGCAGAAUCACGUGACCUCAAUUCUCUCGGACAUGCUGGUCAACGGAGAAGCCUGUGCGGGCUCGACGAUCUCCAUCGAUGCGGCGGAAGACAAGAAGGGGCUGACGUACCAAGUCCUAAAGAAGCAGCGGGAGGUGGAGAUGAUUUCCGCCAUGUGCUAA